ACCUAUUUCAUAAAUGUUCUUCACCUAUGGAAAUCCAACGGUUUGCAGGUGAUCUUGGUGUGUGAUAGUUUGUGAAAUUGAUUUUUAAUAUGUUCAGCAAUAAAUUUGAGGUUGAUAAGCAUGUGGAAAAUUGCUUGAAGAAAAUCACUAAUGAAAAAGAGAGAAACAACCGAAGUUAUACUUUUGCUAAGCUUUAUUACAAUGUAGGAGAGUACGAACAGACUAGACGUUAUGUCUCGUCUUACCUCAGCGUUAAACCAAAAUCCGCUGAAGCUCACUAUUUGUUGGGCUUGGCUUUGGAAAAAUUGGGCAAGAAAGACGCAGCACUGGAGGCUUAUAGAACUAGUUUACAAAUUGAUCCCAAACAGAAUAACCUCAUAUUAAAAGUUUGUGAAUUACUAGCAAACGAUGAAAUGGAUUUUGAUGUUACAAGUGCCAAAUAUUUCUGCGAACUUGCUGAAAAUGUAGAUCCCAAUAAUCCAUCUAUUUACAAUUUGAAAGAAAAAUUGAUAAUGAGCGAACAAAAUAAUCCAGAGAGCGUUAUUGAUCUGCUGCUGAAAGAACUUGAAACCAGACCUACAGACAUUUUCCUCAGAGUUCGUCUACUUAGAAACUUCGUUCAAAACAAUAAAAUCAAUGAAGCAUACAAACAUGUUCAUGAUAUUGAGGAGAAGAAUCUCUCUGCUUUUUCAAACAACCUCACCUGGUACGAGAUCAGUGCAGAUGUUCUUCUUCGAUAUAAGAGACAGGCGCAGCCGACGAAUUUGAAUUGGUCUUUUUGGUGUUUGUUGAUUUCCGUUUUGGAUAAGUUCCUAUGGUUGAGGUUGGACGAGAGAAGUGAUGGUGUUAAAGAGAGUUCGGAGUAUAUAAACCAACUCUUUAUAUUCGAUCAGUCACUACAUGAAGCGUUCCAAAAUAUCAAUAAUUGUCCAGAUAAGCAGUUGGCAAACGAAUUUUUGAAUCAUUACAGAGGACAACUCUAUUUGCAUUUUGCAACCAUAAUCUUCAAGCAGGCCAAAAAAGAUUUGAUUCCGUUUAAAGAAGCAGCAUCUGUAACCCUGCCUCUACUUUUUUCGUCUUAUCAUAUAAAACCUAUAGACUUACAGGCUUCUUGGAUCUACCAUCUUCAGGAAGUCCAGAAAAAAUUCAUCAAACGUUGGCAUCAAGAAGCUGCCUUCAGAUGCUCCCAAGCAGGCCACACUCUGCUGUCAGCAUCUGCGGACAGAAAAUCGAUUCUUAUUGGAAAAGCUGAAAAGCACUCUUCCGGUCCUUGGCAAGAACAAAUCUAUAAGAAGGUCUUCAUUGUCCAAGAACAACGUUUGAAAAUGAGCACCAGUUAUUUCUGUUCGAAUCAUAUUGAGGUUAAUUUAAAAUUACCCUCAAAGCAAGAGCUUCUGGAAUACGAUGAGGAAUCACUCUAUGUGUUCCCAGAUUCCUUGCAACAUUACAUCUGGGUGUCCUUGAACAACGAUUUGGCCAAUAUGAAAUAUGUUCCUUUUCAAGGGUUGCAAUAUUCAGUGAAAAAUCUGAACAACUGUGGCGCUGAAACUCUGAAUCUUCUAGAUGUACAAGCGUUUUUGUAUUCCUGCACUAUGUGCACUAGGGCGAAUCUGAAAAAUUUAAAGCAUAUGCUCUAUUUCAAUCUGGACAGGCCGGAUGUCUUACCAGAAGCGGUCACGAGUCAGCUAGGAACAAUCGAACAGAAUAAAUUCCUCACCACUGCUUAUAAGAUGUACAAAAACGAGCCAGGGUUCGAUUCAGGCGAGAUGAGACUUAUUCUGAUACGCGGAAUUGAAGCAGUCAGAUGCGUUGGUCGUCACGGUUUGGAUGUGAGCCUUCUAGUGCAGCUCGGUACUAUUUUUGCUGAAAAGGCGGAAAAAUCCAAGAAACAUUCCGAGAUCGAAUUUAAUGAUGCCAGAGCGGAAAUUUAUUGGAAGGCUGCGUUGCCUAUACUGGAGAAAAUGAAGAACAACCAGGCUGUUACUUACGGCACCAACAGGAUAUUCGAUUACAAAACUAAGGACAUGCCUUUGCCUGAAAUCUUAGCGCAGAUUGAUAAAGGAAAACUCUAUUUAGGUAUACUGGCGGUGAAACGUAAGGAGUAUGAAAAAGCGUUGGCAAUAUUCGAAGAAUUGAAGGAUCCGUAUGCCAGUUUCCACCAAGCGCAUAUCUAUAAAAGGAUGGCGGAUCACAAGAUCAACCAAAGCAAGGAGAGUGUCACCUCUGAGAUGAGGAGUCAGAACAUCAUUUUGCUGUCUAAAGCGAGGGACUGCUUUUAUCUCACCUUGGAUAGACUCAGAGAGCCAUCAGUCGACAAAAAUCACCCCUUGAACCUUCAGUUGGGGAAUGAAAUUGAAAAGAUCGAAAGGUUAUUGUCGAGGAUUGAUCCGGAUGCCAAUAGGAAUGAGUGUGAAGGAUUGUCGGAUGAAAACGUUUCUUCCAACGAUAGCACCGAGCAUUAUACUUCAGCGCACUAUACAUCUCAGUUUUCAAACGUUUAUAGUUCGCCGUAUGUAAACAGGAAUGAGACUAGGAUAAACCAGUCGACGCCGUUACGUCUGAACAUCUCCAAAAAAGAAGCUAGACCAAGUCCAGAAAGGUUAGACGCCCAAAUCAGGCAGUUGAUAGCCGCUAAAGAUACCACGUUGAACCAGGUACUGGAACAGAGCCGAAUGAUGAUAGAAUCACAGAGAAGCAUGGUCGACGAGUUGAGAAAUUUCAAGGACGUCGUUUACAACCUGUCCGGACAAGUAGAUAACCUCAAAACGAUGAAGACCAGCCUGGACGAACUCAAGGAGGUGAAAAGAUCCGUCGACGACUUAAAACGCUCUGUUGACGAGCUCCAGAACUUCAAGAGUGUCACCGAUAUGGUGUACGAGCUUAAGAAGGAGAUACAGAAUAUGAAAAAGGACAGCGCCAAGCCUCAGCACUCGAUAAACGACGAUUUAUACGCUCUGGAUGACGAUUACUCCGAGUACAACAUCGGGAAUAACCUGAAUUUCGGGGCUAAUCCGUAUCAGAACUAUCCCAAUAGGAUGCAGCCACCUAUACCUCCUCCUUCGGCCCUUUAUCCGCAUGGAUACUAUCCCCCCAUGUUCGUCCCACCCUAUGGAUAUUCCAACUUGGGACUGGCCCAAUCAGCCGCAGCACUGGCAUUCGGCGCCGAACAACAGUUACCGCCCGAUCUGAGGGGACUGACGAAUCCCAUGUCCCAAACAAACCCCUUGUACUCCGCUCAAUCUCUCAGUCAGCCCGCCAUCCCCUCAACCCUCAAUCUGACGGGUCCGAGCGUGACUGCGUCUUCGAUAAGCACGCAGAACGCGCCUCAAUUCAGAGAGCCGAAGGCGUCAACGGUCACAACUCAACCCUCGACAACGAUGCCCACGACUUACACGCCGACGGUAACAUCGAAAGCUCCCCCAGUAAAUGUUGUCAUAACAUCGUCCGAUCCUCUUCCAACCAUGCAAUCGUCGGUUUCUCAACCCGUGCUGUCGGUAACCAUCCCUCCUCAGCACAUAAAAGGAAACGUGCAGAAGACGCAACCGCAUAACUAUCAGAUACCAUUGCCUGCUACGACCGUUACUUCUACCCCUUCCGUCCUCUGCAAACCGACUCCAGCCAUUUCCACCGAAGGGAUACUGUCCAAUGUAGCACCUCCUAUGUACUCCGCAGUGUCAGACUCGAAGACUUACUCCAAGAAUCUCGGAUUAGAGAUAGAGACCACGUUGGAUAACACUUUCCCCUCGAACGCAGCUAUGAAUCUAACCAAACCUGGGAAAGGUUACUCGGAUACGAUGGCCACCAUCGAAAAAGUGCUGUUUGAAUCUUCCGGCAAGUUGUUCGUUUACAACAUGGAGACCAAGCAGUUCGCGGAGCGAGGCGUCGGUUUGAUCCAGAUACGCGAAAAUCAAAAAGACAAGACCGGCCAAAUCUUCAUGAAGAACGACAGUAAUCAAAUCAUGGCCCAACAUACCAUCGCGUACGAUCUGAUGGUCAUACCGAACAAAGACGACGCGUUUUAUUGGACCGCUUCAGAUACGUCCAGCGGGAAGGAAACGAUGGAAAAAUUCUGUCUGAAAAUGAAGAGUAAAGAAGACGCGCAGCAGUUUUCGAACGUUUACAAGAUGUGUUUGCUGCAGAACAACAACUCAACCAAGGCUCAACCGAUGAAAACUAACGAGAACAAGGAUAAAACCAAUACGAAUAAGUUGGGCGGAUUUGUGUUCACUGGAAGUCCGAUCUUCAAACCCAAAGAAAACGAGGUUGCCCCUCAAGUUAAAGAGGUAGUUACAGAGGAUAAGAAAGCCAGUCCGUUCGCCAACUUCUCCUUUGGUGCAAGAAACUCUAACGGUGCUAGUUCCAGCUGGGGAGAAAUAAGCAAACCAAACCAGAGUUUACUGUCUAACAUCGCUGCCACCCCUCCUAGGCCGGAAGAACCGAAAACCCCAACCAAACCCGAAUCUAGGGACAAUUCGAUGACUGAAGAAUUCGUACCAACGGCUGAAUUCAAACCCGUCAUACCUCUUCCAGACAUGGUGGAGGUGAAGACCGGCGAAGAGAAUUCCGAAGUUAUCUUCGAUUGCAGGGCUAAACUGUUGCGUUACGACAGCGAGAAGAAGGAAUGGAAAGAAAGGGGUCUCGGUAACAUGAAGAUAUUGAAGGAGGAGAAACUCAUACGUCUUCUUAUGCGAAGGGAGCAGGUCCAUAAGGUGUGCUGCAACCAUCAGCUGUUGAAAUCCAUGAACUUCCAGUACAUGCCCAACAAUUUCAAAGUGUUGACUUGGUGCGCGCAGGAUUUCUCUGAAGAAGUUCUGAAAUCCGAAACGUUCGCCAUCAGGUUUAAGACUGAAGAGCAGGCUACGGACUUCCUGAAGUGCAUACUCAAAGCUCAAGGAUCUUUGAACGAAGACAAUUCUUUGGGGAAGCAAGAGACCAAAGAAAAUAAAAGCUCCACUCCUGCGCCCGCGCCAACGCAAGGUUUCGGCGACAAGUUCAAACCGGCCAAGGACAGUUGGGAGUGCAAGACUUGUUACAUAAGUAACGACGCUAAGGCCAACAAAUGCGUCGCUUGCGAUACUAUCCGACCUUCGGCGAAUAAGCCUGUGGCAAAGGAGGCGUCAGGUACUCAGGCCAAGCCCUCUGCGGGAUGGGGGGACGCUUUCAAACCCAAGGCUGGAUCUUGGGAGUGCGAGUGUUGUAUGGUGAGGAACGAGGCUACCGUGUUGUAUUGCGUUUCUUGCGAAUCGCCGAAGGACAGUACUGUACCUAAGAAGGAAUCGUCUGGAGGGAUUAAAGGAGUCAACCUAGACACCCCGUUUAAGUUCAACUUCGGCAUCGGCGCGGGCGCCAACAGCGCCGGCCCGACCCAGCCCGAACCGGCCAAGCUGGAAUCGGCGAGCACCUUCAAGUUCGGCGAUCAGACGGCGAAGCCGGCCUUCGGCAGCUCCACCUUCUCCUUCCAACCGCCCAAGCUCGGUUCCCCGCAGCAGAUCGUCGCCGCGCCCAAGGACGUCACGACGACGCCGAAGGGCGUAGGCAGCUUCGUGUUCGGCUCGCCCGACGACCACCAGUUCGAGUUCAAGCCCAGGUCGCCGAGGAAAUCUUCGGGUCCGGGUGAAGAGUCUGACGGCAGCUACGUGGAGGAGGAGUGCGACAACAUCUACUUCAAGCCGGUCAUACCGCUGCCGGACAAGGUGGAGGUGAAGACGGGCGAGGAGGAGGAGGAGGCUCUGUACUGCCACAGGGCGAAGUUGUUCAGAUUCGUGGGCGGCGAGUGGAAGGAGAGAGGGGUGGGCGAUUUGAAAAUAUUGAAGAACAAGGGUACCGGAAAGUUGAGAGUUUUGAUGAGAAGAGACCAAGUACUGAAGAUCUGCCUGAAUCACACCCUAACCUCGGACAUCGAAUACAGGUCGAAAGACGAUAAAACUUGGCUCUUCGUCGCGCCAGACUUCUCAGAGGGCGAAGUGAGCUACGAUCAGUUCUGUCUGCGUUUCAAAACGCCCGAAAUCGCCAUUGAGUUCAAGGAAGCUGUGGACAAGGCCGUAGGCCAAACAAAUGGAUCAGCGGUCGACAAAGAGGACGAUUCCGAGGUCGAGUUCGUUUCCGAGACGACGGUAACCGACGAGGAACUGACGGAGGCGAAAAGGUUGCAACUCCCGGCCAAGUUCUUCGCCUACCGCAAAUUGCCGUCGUGCACGUGCGCGCAGUGCGCCCAGGACGACGAAUACUUCAGGGGUACCGUUCUGCAGGAGGGAGGCGCCCUUCCGUCCACGCCGGCGAAGGAGGAGGGGGUCAGCGCCGGAUUUCCGAUAUUCGCAACCCCCAAAUCGAGCGUUCUGAAGGACCUGCUUUCACGGCCUCCGCAGACCCCUAAGGCGGCGUCAGAAAGCUCGGCUAAGACCCCGACGUUGACCACGUCGUCCACGACGACGACCGCCGGUUGUUGGUUCGGCACCAAGAGCUCGGCGCCCACGACCAUCUUCGGGGUUACGACCAACGCUUCCGACAGCGGCGCCAAGCCUUUGACCAGCAGCUGCGAUAACAAAACCGCGGAUUCUAACGCGGCAAACAAGAAUUAUUUCUCGCCGACGGUAAGCAAAAGUGGCAUUUUUGGAACUGCGGAAAACAGGCCGAGCAUCUUUGGGAAUAGUUCGGAUACGGAGAAAAAGUCCAGUAUUUUCGGCAACGUCGCUGAGGCGGAGAAGAAUAAGAGCAUCUUUGGUGGUGGCUCGGAUACGGAGAAAAAGACCAGUAUUUUUGGCAACGUCGCUGAGGCCGAGAAGAAGACGAGCAUCUUUGGAAGUAGCUCGAAUACGGAGAACAAGACCGGUAUUUUCGGCAACGGCGCGGCGACUGAAAAGAAAACUAGCAUAUUCGGUAAUUCCGCCGAGGGCAAGAGCAUCUUCGGAGGUCCGCCGGUUUUUGGAAACGCCACCGGCGACAAAGCGAGCUUAUUCGGUAACGGCGCCUCCUCGACCAGAUCCAGCAUCUUCGGCAACGUGUUGGCGGAAAACAAGAGCCUGUUCGGCGGUUCCGAGAAGGAGAACAAGAGCGUAUUCGGCGGCGGCACGGAAAACGCGAGCACAUUCGGCGGUUCGGCCGCCAGCGCCAAAACCAGCAUAUUCGGCAACUCGGCCAGCAUCUUCUCGACGCCCCCGCCUGAACCUAAGACCCCGGACGUCGAACCGCAGAAGGAACAAGACGAAAACUCGCGCGGUAUAUUCAACACGCCGACGUCCAAACCUAGCGGAUUCUUCGGCGACUCCAGCAAACCGGGCGUCAAUCUGUUCGGCUCGGCCAACUCCUCCGGCGGCAUAUUCGGCGCGUCUAAGACUUCUGCUACUUCCCUGUUCGGCGGCGGCGUCUCGAUAACGACGACUGCUUCGUCCGUCUUCGGCUCGAACACCACCACGACGGCGAGCGUCUUCGGGGCGCGCAACGACGCCAAACCGGCGGCCUUCGGGGCGGCGAACGCGGGCAGCCUGUUCGGCAGCAACAGUUCGACCAUGUUCGGUUCCGGGGCCAGUUUCCAGUUCGGCAAGGGAGAGGGCGCUGGCGGCCAGGAGGGGCAGGCGGUCGCGAAGUCGCUGUUCGGGGGCGCUGGGCUGCCCAAGACGACCAAUCUGAAGGAGGACGACGAGGUCGUGUUGAAGUGCACGUCGGAGGUCAGCUUCUCGAGCCUGGCCCAGCAGACGGAGGGCGGCGCGGCGUUCGGGAAGUCGAAGAGUAACGCCCCUGAUACCACCCAACCCUUCGCCCACCUAGGGGUGGGUACCCCGGUCUUCGGUUCGCAGAAGAAACAGACGGCCACCCCCGAUAGAUCGCAGGACGACGACGGUGAAGGGGGCGGCGGCGCGGGCGACGAUGAAUACGACCCCCACUACGAGCCCAUAAUACCGAUGCCGGAUGCCAUUGUCGUUACUACAGGGGAGGAAGAUGAGACUGCUUUGUUCAACGAGAGGGCAAAACUGUAUAGGUACGACGUGGACCUGAAGGAAUGGAAAGAGAGGGGCGUGGGGCAAUUCAAGAUUUUGCACAACCCAAGUAACAACACUUACCGUUUCCUCCUGAGAAGAGAACAGGUCCACAAGGUCGUCCUGAAUCAACUGAUCACCGCCAACCUGGACCUCCAGCCGAUGACCACGUCGGACAGGGCGUGGGUGUGGGCGGGUCACAAUUUCAUCGAGGACGAGAUGAAACUGGAAAAACUCGCCGUCAGGUUCAAGUACGAGGAGACGGCCAAGAAGUUCCAAGAGUGCGUGCAGGAGUGCCUGAAGAAAAUCGAGCAGGCUGCCGCGAGCGCCAACGUCACCCUGCCCUCAAGCGUCCAGGACUACUCGGUGGAGGCGGUCAGCUCAGAUUCGGAGCAACACGACGCUAACGAUUACGACGACAACGACUACGACGUCGACUACGAUGAGCGUUCGAUGAUGUUUUACCACAAUUGUACGCUUCAAGAGUAUACACCUUCUGGACAGUGGACAGAUGUAUGUUACGGACUGAUUGAAAUAUAUUAUGAUUUAGAGAUGUACGGAGCCAAAAUAUGUUUCAUUUCCGAGGAUGGGGAAAUACUCAGCAACAGCGUGAUUGGUAUCAAUACAGUAAUGCAGUUGGAGGGAAAUCAGUGUACAUGGAGGACUGUGGAGUUAGCCAAAGAAGAAGUGUUUUGGAGAGAUCUAAGGGCCAUAUUUCCUACCGAAGACACCGCCUCAAAGUUCCAUCAAAACUACCUACAAGGCAUCAGUUAUGCACAGGAAUGGGAAAUAGUGGAUGAUAUUCCAAGUGCGGAAAUAGAAGAACUUGAUUAAAAUUUUAGUUUUCAUUAUGCCGUCAAUGUAUAUGUUGUGAAUGUUAUAGGGGUAAAUCUAAUUUUUUAUGUUGUGAUUUUUUAUCUUCCUAAAUUUAACUGUAUAAAAGUUAAUCAUCAAUAAAUAAUGAAUAUUUUUAA